AUAUCCAUCAAUUCAGCCCGGACUCGAAAUUUCAAUAACCGCGAUCAAUCACUAUUUCACUCGCUUCAUAUCAACCACUUCAUUCGUUCAGCCGACCUAAUCCACUAAAACUUCAACGCUCACAUAUCAACACCACCACCGAUAUCAAAAUGCAGUUCACCCUCGCCGCCCUCGCCGCUCUCCUCACCCUCGCCGCUGCCCUCCCUACCGAAUCUAAACGCGCCACCCCGGGCGGCGUCAAAUUCUGCACCGGCGAGAACUCCACUAGCGACUGCGAGUAUGCGGUCUACGACUAUAACACUUGCCAUACGCUCGCAGCGCCGUACUACAAGAACGUAGGCUCGAUUGUAGUAGACUCAGGGGCUUUUUGCAGGAUUACUUAUACCGCAGAAUCAUGCACGUUGCAUGGUGAUGCUUUCAUCAACCCGCCUGGAGAGGCGACGCUCCACCAUUUCACGGAUGCGGAGGGGGUGGUUGUGGAUGCGGGUGCUGCGAUUACGAGCUUUUUGUGCCAGGAGUGCACUAGCUGCGUUUAAUGAAAUUUUUAGAGCGUGAGGUCGGAAGUACGAGCCUCUCUUACUCGGCGGACGAAAGUUUCCUC